UUUAACCAGAUGUUCUCAGAGGCUGGUUUCACCUCGUCUACUGCCCUUCCGGAAAUGUUAGAGUACAUCAAGAAGAAGGUCAUGGAGAAUCCCUCUUCACCGAGGACCCUCAACUUGCUGAACUGCCUGAGGGAACUGAAAGACUACUCUCUAGAAACUGAUGGCAUGCGCUUUCUCGAGACGGGAAUCCCCCCAGAUGCCAAAUAUCCACCUGCACAUUGGUCCGACCUGGCCUCUCUGUUAGUGGCAUCGAAGUCUGGGUCGACAGACAUGUUUGGGUUGGAAGUAGAGAACAGAGGAGACAAGGAACUUCUGAGGAUGCUGCCAGUGAUCAAAGCUUCCCAGAGAGUCAUGCUGUCAUAUCACAACCUGACUGAGAAAUCCUGUGAAUGUCUGGCCUCGGCGCUCACCUCAAAGGUGUCCAAUCUGAAAGCUCUGGACCUGAGUUUCAACACGCUGAAGGACUCAGGAGUGCAGCUACUGGCGGCCGGCCUGGCCAAGCCACACUGCCGACUGGAGAGACUGAACCUGUCCGGCUGCAGGGUGAAACAGGAUGGCUUUGCCGCUCUGGCCAAAGCUCUCAAAUCCAACCCCUCGCACCUGCGAAAGCUGGAUCUGAGCGGCAACGAACCGGGAGAAUCGGGGGUGUUUCAUCUCAUUGACGGACUAAAGGUUGUUAAGUGCGAACUGCAGAUCCUGAAGCUUUCAAAUUGUAAGCUGGGCCUGGAGCUGUGCCAGGCUCUGGCAGUGUUGCUGAUCGACAACCCCAGACACCUGAGAGAGCUGGACAUCAGUCUGAACAACCUGGGAGACAGGGGGGUGGAGCUGCUCAUGGAUUUACUGAAGUUGACCCAGAUUUACAAAUUAGAGUUGUACUGUUGUCAGCUCACUGAGAAAUGCUGUAAGCACAUGUCUGGAUGUCUGGUGAACAUCCCCAGUCUGAGGGAGCUCAACCUGAGCAACAACAACCUGAAGGACGAGGGGGUCAAGAUGCUCUGCAACGCCUUCGGACUGCCCGGCUGUCAACUGGAGAAACUCAAUCUGGCGCGCUGUGGCUUCACGUCUGAAGGCUGUCGUUGGGUGGCUGGAGGGUUCAGUUUUGGCCCCACCUUCCUCAAACAGCUGGAUAUCAGCAGGAACCACCUGGGUGACUCGGAUGUUGCCGCGUUCUUCCUGUUCCUCAAAACGAUACGCUUUUCACUGGAGACCCUACGAGUGAGUGACUGUAAGCUGACAGAGCGAUGCUGUCCGGAGCUGGUCGAAGCUCUCAGCUCCAAGCUCACCAACCUGAAAGAGCUGGAUCUCUCUAGAAACGAACUGGGAGACAGCGGUGUAAAAACAAUCUGCAUGGGACUGACCUCAACAACCUGUAAACUGGAGAGACUGUUUCUGAGAUGCUGUGGGAUCACAGCAGAGGGCUGCUCCUCCCUAGCCUUAGCCCUGAAGUCCAGCCACUCCAGCAUCACAGAGCUAGGCCUGAUGGGAAAUGACACGGGAGAAGAUGGACUGAGAAUUCUCUCUGCCAUCAGGGACGACCCACGCUACAAACUACAGACUCUAGAAAUAAACGAUUGAGAGUGGCUUUGCUCGCUGGAGGUGGUUCUCGGCUCAACCUUUUCCCAAAUCUGGAGUGAAGUUACUUAAUGAGGAACACUCUGGAGUGAAGAUACGAAAAGAUUGGCUCACAAGUCUCGACACACAGUACUUUCAGGUGAACAGUAGGCACUUGACCUGCUUUGGACCACAUUGACUGAUUCACUGACUUUUGAACCCUUUUAAAAUACCUUACAGUGACAUGCAGUGAGCUGUAUCCUGGCUGCUCACACUUGAACAGAAGGCCAAUGAUUAUUAACCUAGAAACAGAUAUUGGCUGAAAGUGGCUGAAAUGACACACACAGUGUUACUAACUCUGUUCCUCUGGUCUUGCUACAGUAUCAACCCAUUUAGCCUUAGCAGAAGCUUUACAAUAUGUUUUGCACGUUAAUAUGUACACCAGAAUGUAUAGCCUUUGUAACAGGCACCUCUGCUCCUCAAACACACGUGACCGGCCUCUUGAGAACAUUGUCUUAGCCAACUACAGUACGAAAAGCUAGCAGUUUGGUGGAGUGAGGUUACGAAUCCAUUUCAGUCACGCAUUCUCUGAGGGAGAAGGAUGAUGCAGUGUUUUUCAUUUUAACACUGGCACAUUACCUUGGUUUAGUCUUUUGUUUUUCAAUGUUUUUUAUUUCUUUUAUUUCUUUUGAAAGUGCGUUUUCAUCAAGAUGACCAAAUGUAUCAGAAUGUAUACAGUAGUACAACUCUGGGUUGAUUUACUAUUGUUGGGUUCAAUGUACAUUUUACCCAAAUAUACCUAGCUACAGUGAGGG